CAUGGGGGUGGUGCCGUCUCCCUCCUCCCGUUUUCUCUCUCAGAUCCCGGCCUCUCCAUCCAGCAGUAACAGCAUUCUCAUAUCAGGGCAGCGUCUUUCUGUCAGGAUGGGCCCCUGGAUCCUGUUGGUGGCUGUCACUGUCUGUCUGUCUGUCCCAAGCGCUCUCAGUAAGCCUCUGGGUGUGUUGACCCAUGAUGACCUUGGAGCUGCUCGAAGGGUCAGAAGAAGCCUACCUUAUGAUGCCGACAUGAUGUCCUACAUGCCCUCAGAACCUGUCCGUAACAAGCCUUCAUACUCUGACCUAAUUCAAGCAAUGCUUGCUAGAUUGCCUGCCUACACUAAAGAAGAAAAUCUUGGCCGUGCUUUGGUGAGGAUGGGUAACCCUCAAAGAAUUGAACCUACUCGCGAUAGUCCAUCUCUCCAACAGCUGGUAGAAGAAGGCCAGAGAAGAGAUAAGGAGACCAUGUAUCGGGCAAUACUUAUGCACUUGUGGAACCAAUUCAACCAGGGUAAGCCGUAUGUUGACCAAAUUGAGGGUUUUCCAGGUCCUGUCCCAUCAGACAUAUCAGACUACCAGAGACCGUACCAAGAGUACGAGGAUACAGGGGUGAUGGUGGUGCCCAGCCUAACGAGACCCCAUAUCUCACAAAACCAGCUGGCGCAAGCAUUGCAAAGUCAUUACAGGCAGAAUCGGGCCUUCGAAGGCCCUGCUUUACACCUUCAGCCAGAGGAGACCAACGAGGAUGGAUAUCCCAUGGACGAGGAGAUGUUAAGGUACCUUGUAACUCGCGUCCUUUCUGAGAUGAAUGACGCCGAAGUGUCUCAGCGCCUGGCGGCAAGUCCCCCCCGACGCAUGCGACGCUCGUUAGAAGACGACCAUGAUGAAGACCCCCCUGCCAACCUGCUGCGUGUCAAACGUCUGGACAUUGAUAACGUGGUCCCCGACUACAACUCCAAUGGGCUGCUCCAUAGAAAGCGGAUGGACGGCGACCUCGAUGUUCAGAGCCGACCCCAACACUUUGCCGAUCAAAGGGUCACAGAGCAACUGCUGAAGUAUUUCCCUGAGUAACUGUCCACAUAACCGUCCACGUCAUGCUCAUACAACACGUAGCUUCCUCAUGUGACACCACACACAUACCUGUAUCUGUCCAUCCGGCCAUGUGAAACCUGUCGGUCGGACGCUGUGACCUUCUCCCAUGAUGGUUUCGAAAGUUUUAGUAUGUGUACGCCCAGCAUCACCUUACUAUACGCCAAAUUUUGGGGGCAUAAUAAUACUGUCAAUAUCCGAAAAUCCAAUUGGCCAGUUGAUGACGUGUUGGCCAACGUCCUUCACAAAUCCCUUGCCAAUAUGGCCGACUCCAGGUGCCUUCCAGGAGGUCACCCUUGCCCCACCUGAUGACCACCAUGGGGUCACAGCCUGUCCACUGUACAGUACUGCACCUGUCAACCACACAGCAGAGACCGUGCCGAAUGUAUGACCCCUUCCCCCGUCCAAUAAAGACAGCAUAGAUACUUGUCACCCUCGUGUGGGCCAUCUAUCCCGCACGACCACCACAGUGGCGGAUGUGUGAGCCACCACCUUGAAUCUGUGUGAACAAGAGAAAACCCCCACCAUAUUCGUAUUCAAUGUCAGGUCAUUUCCAUUUGGUCCUAACCAAAACCCAAUGAGGAUGGAUAGACCACAUGCUCAAGAAACCUAUGCUGUCUUAAAGGACAUCUCCACUUUAGAAGUUCUGUCCAUAAAAUAUUGCCUGUGGGAGCCUUUUGAACAUAGAGUAGGGCGACGGUAGGAAAUUUAAAAGGGGUUGUCUAGUAACUAGUGGAGAUCCAGAAGCUGGGACAAAAGGGAAAGAGACACUGGGCAAAAGAAUGUGGCCUCACAAGGAUCAGGGGACCUGGUCAUAGACAUCAGAUUUCUGUUGAUGGAUCCACCAAAGAUCUGAUGUCUAUAAAGACUGAACAGACAGAUAAGCUGCACCAUAUCUGUUGCUGGUAGCAUUCUUACUUUCCUGGACGCCCUACGGCAGCACAGUCACAAAUGGGUUAAUCAAUUAAUCAGUCACCAUGGACUCUAUAAAGCGGAGCAGGAGGAAAGAGCCGGAGUAUUUUAUUUCGCUCUAGGUCACUUCUUUGUAGGUCCCAUUCGUGUUUGUGCUGCCAUAGGACGUCCAGGAAAAUCAAAAUUUAUUUACCUGAAAUUUUCAUUUCCUGUAGUCCGCAGGCGGCCCAACUUUCCCUCCCUUUAAUAAGUUUAAUAUUGCUUUAUAAAAAUACACCGGCUCAGCUUUACAGGGUCUAUGGUGAUUGAUUGAUCUGUCUCUAUCUAGUUGUACCUAGGAAGGGGGGGGGGGGGUUCAACCCAUCCGUGACCAUGCUGCCUAUGGACUAUAGGAAAUGAAAAUUUCAGGUAAAUACAUUUUUUGUUAUUCCAAGCGUGGGAAUAUCUAAUAAUGCAAUCCCCUAACGUUUUAUGGAAAGUUUCAAGAAGUGGAGUUGCCCUUUAAAUUGACGAGUGUUACAUCCAAUCACCUUUUCUGUUCCAGAGAAGAAGAAUGUAAGAAACCAAUGAGAUUUUUGCACCUUAACAUAAUAACUGACGCAUAUCAAAACCUAAUUCAAUCUCCCAAAAGCUGCUAGGGGGGUUUUUAGUACCCGCCACACACAUAUUUGUCCUUAUAGUACCAGCAUAACAUGGGCCUUAUGUAUCAAAACCACUUCUAGGGAAGUUUUGUCCCUUGGUGUCCAUAGGAACCAAUCAGAACUCAACUUUCAUGUUGCAAACUGCACUGAAGAAAUGAAACAAGGACUCUGAUUAGUCGCUGUGGAUAACAUGGACCCUUGUGAUACAUGAGGCUUCGGGGAUGCUCUGCCUCCCAUUUACACAGCACCGGUCCAUAUCCUACCUAUACAUAUAUGAUCCCGCCGUGUCCCCGUCCAUUGUCGCCUUGCUCUCUGUCCUGAUUUUUAAUGUGCGUUAUUUUUCUAUCCUCGCUUGUUGCAUAGAUGUGCACUGAACAGUAAAGAGAUGUCACUUAUUGUAUAUUGCUCUGCAGGUAAAUAAAAUGGUGUAUACAUGUCUGGCCCUUCA